CAAUGGUUUGUAUGGAAAACUUCCGCAUUUGACGUGGUAUCUUCACGAAAUUUGGCAUAGAUUACUGCUUAAGGUAAUAAUAUAAUCUCCGAAGAAAUUGUUCAAAUCGGUUAACUAUAUAACCUUAAUGUUUCUAGCAAACAAUCCGGCUAAAAAGAAUUACUAAAAUGUUUUUUUUACUUACUUUUUCUUACGUCUUUAGAUUUGCUUAAUCACAGAGUUACUUAAAGAAAUGCACCUGUGAAGGGUAUAUUAGCUUCGGUACAGCCGAAGUUAACAUUUUUUCUUGUUUCUUUUGUUUUUUGGAAAUAAGGAACAAUUAAAGAAGGUUUAUGGGGUCUAAGGCAAGUAUUAGUGUAUUAGUCAGAUUGUUACAAAUUUUAUGUUCCAGGGCACAUUAUUUAUCAUUAAUAUGAUUUUAAUAAUGUAAAGUUAAAGAAUCUGAAAUGCCAAUUAUAGUGUAAAAUUCACGCAAUUCACGCAAAAAUGUUACCCGUCGUUUUCAUUAUUUUGCUAUAUUAUAUUUUCAUUUCUCAAAGUGUAUUCGGUCUUAUUCAGGCUAACAAUACAUGCCCGGUGUGCGAUUGCAAUUGCAAUUGUUUUGUGCAAUUAGAAGCGUUAAUGAUGAUCUGGAUGAAGAUGUGCAAAAUAGUGAAAAUAAAAUCGAUACGAAAGCUUCGAACAACGAAAAGCAGUUAGAAAUUGCAGAUCGAAUAUGUAAACCAACUAGUUACGUGCCAGCAAAACCAUCAAGCUGUAUGGGAGCAGCAGCUAAAAGCUUCAAGAGUGGUUUAUAUAAAAUUAAGCUCGAAAAGUUGAAUAUUACCGAAUUGGAGGUAUUUUGUGAAGAAGACGUGGAUUUUGGGGGUUGGUUAGUUAUUCAACGGCGUCAAAGUGAUUCUGUGGAUUUUUACAGAGAUUGGCAUAACUAUAUGGAGGGAUUUGAUGACUUAACGGAGAACUAUUGGAUCAGUUUGGAGAAACUACACGCGCUCACUAGCAGCUGUGAAUAAGAGUUGUAUAUUCAAACAAAAGCAAAUAAUAACAAAGAAUAUUAUGCCAAAUACACAGAGUUUCUUAUUAGGGAUGAAACAGAGAGCUACAUUUUGAAGAAAUUGGGUAAUUUUAACGGUAAUGCAGGCGAUAAUUUAAAGAGUCAUUUGGGAAUGAAAUUUUCAACGCAUGAUCGUAAUUAUGAUAUUACCCAAAAAAUUUGGCAGUAAUUUUAAGCGGCGGUUGGUGGUUUAACGAUUGCAUAUAUAGGUAAUUAUUUUCGCUUAUCAAUGCUUGUUAUGAUAUGUAUUUUAUUUUUCAGUAUUCCAAAUGGAAUAUACGCAGCUCCUAUCCCUCGUAUGAGAAGGAUUAAUUUCAUGUUUAUACAAAUGAUGAUACGACCCAUACAAAAGUGCUUAAGACGAUUGCUGUUGAGCAAUUUAAAUUGAUGUGUCAAAUGCAUAUAAUAACUGUUUGUAUUUAAAUAUUGUUAUUUAUAGAAUUGUGGGAAUUAAUUGUCAAAUAUAAUUAUACUGCAAUGGGUUAUCUGUCCAAGCACUCAAGAUAGAUUUAAAGUUAUAUGUAUAUAGUAUAUCAAAAUUAUUGAGAUGACUACCAUAGAAUUUGAGAAAAAUUUAUAUAGUUUUUUACACGAGUUUACUGGAACUCAAAGAUGCUUGGUAUUUCAUAACGUUGCCACAUAUACAUAUAUAGAAAUAAUAAAUAUUUUCUCAAAAAUAUCAUUAAAAACUGUAGAAACAAGUACGUGCUGUUGAGCGCAUAGACCAAACCACACAAACAUGAAUUGCGGUGAGAUAAAAAUUAAUAAUUCUUCACAAAAUUUAAUUGUUAUUUGUUUACGUCUAGGGAAUGUCUUAAAUUGAAAUCACACACUAUUAACAAUUUGGACAACUGAAGUCAAUUAACGGGUAUUUGCACAAAGUCAGUAAAUAACAACUGAAAACUGAAUAUUUAUAUACGACAUUUGUACAAUAAAGACGGAUACAUAGAUAUUUAAUGGCAUUAUAAUGGCACUUCUUGAAGUAGUAUGUCGUGUGCUCAAGACUUGAAAGUUUGAAAACCCUAAUAUUAGGUAUAUGCGAACUAGGGGAAGUUAUCACCGGAUUUCACUCACUUUUGGCACAUCGACAUAUUAUUAGAAGAAAGAUUUCAUCAAAAUAUCUGAGAGCCAUAUCCAUACUUUCGGUAAAAAAUUUAUUGGAAGCGCUG